AUGUUUUGCAUGAAAGAGGCAUACGUCUUUCUCAUACUUGGCAGAAUCGGAAGUCCGUUAGAGGAACUGAAGAACUCGCGCUUCUCCAAUGGCGAAACAUUUGUGACCAUUGGAAAGUCUGUCCGAGGUGCCGAUGUCUUCCUUCUCCAGACGGCAGCAGAUCCGGUCAACGAGGUUCUCAUGGAGCUUCUGAUUGCCAUCAGCGCCUGCAAGAUAGCAUCGGCCAAGAGGAUCACCGCCGUGCUGCCGUGCUUUCCCUAUGCCAGACAGGACAAAAAGGAUCGCAGCAGAGCACCCAUAACAGCCAAGCUUGUAGCCAACAUGCUGGAGAGCGCCGGAUGCACGCACGUUAUCACGAUUGACCUGCACGCCUCACAAAUCCAGGGAUUCUUCAACAUUCCCGUCGACAAGUCCGUAGCCCCCUUUUCCUCUUCCCUCUUCUUCCGCAAAGCCACUGGGCUAACGUUUGGCUUCCCGUCGUCCGUACAGCGUCAGUCCACCCCGCUCGAAGAAGACGGUUCGGUAGAACUGACCAGCAUACAGCUGUUUGCAGAAAAGACGUUUAUCGAGUACAUCCGCCGAGAGUUCAGCCUGAAGGACCUCGUUAUCGUGUCACCAGAUGCAGGCGGCACCAAGCGCGCGGCCACAAUCGCGGAUCGGCUGCAGGUUGACCUGGCCAUCAUCCACAAGGAGCGCAAGGUGGCGAACCAGGUGAGCCGCAUGAUCCUUGUGGGCAGUGUGGCCGACAAGGUGGCCAUACUCGUCGACGACAUUGCCGACACAUGCGGCACCCUCGCGCUGGCCGCCAAGAUCCUCAAGCAGCACGGGGCCAAGAAGAGCGUGGCAUUGGUCACGCACGGCUUCCUGAGCGGUCCAGCCGUGUCGGCUGUCGAGAACAGCGAACUCGAGAGCGUCAUCGUCACCAACACGCUGCCGCUGCCUCUCCAAGCCCAGAGCUGCAGCAAGAUCCGGCAGAUAGACGUCAGUCCGGUGAUUGGAGAGGCGAUUCGACGGACAUUUUAUGGAGAAUCGUAA